AAAAUGCUAAAAGUAAAAAUACUUUUAAUUGGACCGAGCGAGUGUGGAAAGACAGUACUGGCAAAUUUCCUCUCGGAUACAGUGGAGACAGUUGGGGCAGAUUACAGCCCGACACAAGGAGUGAGGAUACUGGAAUUUGAGUCACAAAACCUGGGAAGUGGGACCAAAGACUCUGCCUGUGAGGUGGAACUGUGGGACUGUGCUGGAGAUUUCAAGUUUGAGGCAUGCUGGCCAGCUUUGAUGAAAGACUCCAAUGGUGUAGCCAUCGUAUUUAACCCAGACAUUCCAAGUCAUCUUAAGGAAGCAGAAACCUGGUACUCUACAUUCAUCACUUCACAAGGCCUACUACCAGGCCAGUGCCUGCUUAUAGCACAUCACAAGCCUGGUAGUGGUGCAGAUACAUCACGCCCUCAGUUAGCUUCUCAGUUGAACAAGCUGCCCCUCAUUCACUCUAACCUGGAGGAAGAUGCUGAAGAGGUGCGUCAAGAAUUCCGCAGAUAUCUGGGAAACGUUGUGAAAACAUUGUCGGAAAGUCGAGAACGUGAAGAAAUGUCAAUUAUAGCAUAAACUCUUAAGACUAUUCUAGUGGUAACCAACCUGCAUCUAACAUGCUCUCUUAACACUGAUGCAUCUGAUCCAGCCAAUCAAGGACCUCUGCAGGAAUACUGAUCUAAAGGACCAGGGUUGGAGACCACUGGACUAAUUAACGCUUCCACUGUUAUUCUAUGAAACUGGGUUUUACAUUUGAGGUAGCCUUGGGUUUAUCCAUGUCACUUAAGCUAAGCACUGUCUUCAAAGUAAGCCAAAGUUAGUUAGCAUGAUGACUCAAAAAUUUCAAAAUUGUCAAUCAAGUCAGACCAAUAAACAUACAUGCCCACAUAAAAUUAAAAAAAAAAUUGCACCUUAAUCAAAACUUGACAUGCCAGGAGCAAAUAAGCUGUUAUCAUUUCAAAGACAAUAAAAUAAGGUAAAUAAAAGCCUUAGCCUCCAUCUACUCAUUUC